AUGGGUGAUAUUAAUCAAGAUUACCACCAACGAACCCUCUAUUGUGAUCUUACCCACGUCGAAUUCACCACUCCAGAAGAAACUGACGAUCACAAUAUUCAACCGGAAAUCAUCUUGAACUUCUCUUGGAAAGUUGAUUUUUCCCAGUGGAUGAUUCCACAUGCAGUUGAAGAAUAUUUUACAUACACACAAUUGGUUACACGAUCCAAUGCAUCCGCAACCAAUUUCUCCUUUGGAGUGAGCCGCAUGCAGUUUCAGUGUCUCGAUGAAUUACGGGGAAUCAUGGAAUUCGAGCUAAGAGGCAUUUUAGACACUUGCGAUCUGCGCAGAAAAGUGGCCGAUCGUGUUUGGGUGACAGCACUGCCAAGCGUCGACAACAGUAUUCCCACAGAGGGCAGAGUUUUGAAUCUUUACUUCGAUGCGUUGGUAGAUAACCAACAUAUUGUAUUUGGAGAAAUUUAUGAUGACGAGGAAUAUAAUUGUAUGGUUCCCGCGGCGGAUUCAUUGAUAAUGUCGUCGUUGAAGAGGGUGGCCGUUGAUUCUGAUCAGAAGACUAGUUGCUCGAUUUGUUUGGAAGAUCUCUCGCCGGGCGGCGACAAUGAUUUUGAAGAAGCGUUAAGCAUGCCGUGUUCGCAUGUUUAUCACGGGGACUGCAUCAAGAAGUGGCUGAGCACUAGUCAUUAUUGCCCACUCUGCCGUUUUGAGAUGCCAACCACCAAUUAG